AGGCAGUACUUCAAUAUACUACACCACCACUCGGGCAUAUUUUCGGGCACCUACAGGUCCUUCUUCCUUUUCCUCGUCCCUGAGCGAGCCGACGCCAAGAUGAACGAGACCGUCACCGUCAGGACCAGAAAGUUCAUGACAAACCGGCUGCUUCAAAGGAAGCAAAUGGUUGUCGAUGUCCUGCAUCCAGGCAAAGCAACAGUCCCCAAGACAGAGAUCAGGGAGAAGCUUGCAAAAAUGUACAAAACCACCCCAGAUGUGGUGUUCGUCUUCGGCUUCAAAACUCAGUUUGGCGGUGGCAAGACAACUGGAUUUGGAAUGAUCUACGACUCAUUGGACUAUGCAAAGAAAAAUGAGCCCAAAUACAGGCUGCAAAGGCAUGGCCUUUAUGAGAAGAAAAAGACCUCUAGAAAACAGCGCAAGGAACGCAAGAACAGAAUGAAGAAAGUUAGAGGCACCAAGAAAGCUUCUGUUGGUGCUUCGGGCAAGAAGAAGUGAAAGACUUGUGGUUUCAGAAGGUAGAGUGGAAAUCGGCAUGGUGUGCUGUUAUCCACUUUUACCGGUUACUUGAAGUGCUUUGCAUGUUCAAUCCCAAUGCCUCAUCUCACUUGCAGAUAUUUAAAGCAUCCUGUGUUUCUAACACGGAUGAAAAUAUAUAUUUUAAUGUAUGUACUUGAAUUGUUCCAGUCAACUUAUUUGACUUAUAAAUCACUAAUUUGGAGCAUGCUGUGUGUGGUUGGCAUUCACUUAUUUGAAGUAAACUAGCCACUUGACUGCAUGUCUGCAAGUUUGACAGGACCCACUGGAGUAUUCAGAAGCAACCUCUCCCUUAGUUAUAUUUCCCCUUGAAGUGAAAGUUUGUCCUUGAUAAUUAGAGAUUUUGUACGAGUAGUUUGUGUAUUGAAAUGUUGUAUCAAUCUCACUGAAAUGUUUUGUCUUUCCUCUUACAGUAAGACCUUCAGGGAAGACCAUCGGCCUGAAAAUGUUCUUGUACACUGUCAACAAAUAAAUUCUUUAAAAAAAGUG